UGCAGUUUAUAUAAUAAUGACAUUUUAUCAAACAUGGCCGUUCUUAUAAAGUAACUAUGCAUACAUUCUCUCAACAAUAAAGUCCUCAUGUGAUACGGAAGUGAAAUAUUAGCUUGAUUCUAGUGGGAUUCAUUCAAAGUCCAAGAGGCAAUGAGUGCCAUGCUGUUAUAUUGGUAAUAAAAGGAUUAUCUUUGGACAAAUUUAUGGACAUAUUUUCAAGAAUCUUUGUAAACUAUUUCGGACAGAUACAAUAAAAUUGUGUGUAACUCGCGAUCGAUCUGAAAUAUAAAGCCUUUACAUAGGGCCCCGGUGUAGAUGCAUGUGGAUCGCGUCGAGGGGGCGGGGGAGCAGCGACCCUUGCUGAAUAGGACAGCCAUUUACCCGGUGCGCUGGUACAUUAUCGCCACCUUCUCCUAUGGCGGCCUUACACAGGUACAUGUAUAUACAGUGACCCGUGGAAGUUAGUAUCAGAGAGUGAGUUUAAGAGCGGCAGGUUGUGCUUGACGGGGCAGCCGCCUACCCGUUUCACUGAUAUCUCAUCGCCAUUAUCCCCUGCCUUUCAAGGUACGUGUAUAUAGACAAAGGCCCGGGUAAGAUGCCCAUGGGUUGAGACGAGUUGGAGCGGCGGCCCAUGCUUGACUAUAAGCAGACGUACAUCCGAUACGCUGGUAUACCAUAGCCGUAGUCGCCGAUGGCUGUUGCUCGGCGGUUUUGUAUAAUACUUGGGGCCCGGUCACGGAGUCUUCCAAGGCGGUGUUCGGGUGGACCGACGGAACCAUCGCCAUGUUCCCUAACGCCGCCAACAUCGCCUUCAUCAUCACCGUUAUACCCGUCAGUAUCCUAGCUGACAUCAAAGGUUUACGCCUUGUGAUGCUUAUGUGUACGUCGAUACUGAUGGUGUCAACUGUUAUACGAUGCUUCACAAUGAACCCAACCGCCAUGACAUGGUUGUCGUUCGUGUGUGCGGUGGGGUCGGGACUUGGAGGAACCAUCCUGCUGGCCGGGCCUCCCAAGGUCUCCUCCGUGUGGUUUCCGCCCCAUCAGCGGGCCUCCGCAACCGCUUUUAUCUCAGUGUCAACAUAUGUAGGGGUCGCUGUGUCAUUCAUACUAGGUCCGCAGAUAGUCGCCAGUCCACAGUGUGGUAACUCAACGGAACAUACAACGUCCAACGUAACGUAUUUGAGAUAUACAUCAUCCAUGGAGUGCAGCAACACCAGUCGGACUUUUAUUAACAGAGUCAAGAUGGCAGAAGACAUUAAAAAUUUGAUGUUCAUUUACGGUGGCCUGGGUGUGUUACUAUUUUUAUUGGUACUGGUAUAUUUCCCUUCUCACCCACCCCACCCACCAAGCCACUCAGCCGCCACCGCGAGAACCCAGUGGGUAUCAGGACUCAGAGCCCUCGUCAGGAACGGGCCAUUUUGGGUUGUAUUGGUGGCGUGUGCUGUGCCUGUCGGCAUUCUUGGCGCCUGGCUUUCCGUAUUGGCCGUAAAUCUGAGUCCUCGUGGUAUUUCACAAACAACUGCUGGAUAUGUGGGGUUUUACCAGACAGUGGCAGGGUGUCUGUCAGGGCUAACAGUUGGCAGGUUUUCUGAUGUGUUUAAAAAACGGAUGAAGACCAUUUUGAUCAUAUGUUUUACGGGAGCUGCUGUCGCCUCUAUCUGGUUUAUACUUCUGGCAGAGAAAUACAUCACGUUCAAUCUCCCCUCCAUGUACGUGUCGAGUGUGCUGAUAGGCGUGUUUAUUAACGGGGCGGUGCCGCUAUGCUUCGAGAUCACGUGUGAGACCAGCUACCCCGUGGCCGAGGGCGUGUCCGGCGGGGCCUUUACGCUCCUCACUAACCUCGUCGGCGUCGGGUUCUUCUGCAUUCUUCUCAUCAAAAACAUAAGCUACUCUUGGAUGAACUGGGUGUUGUUUGGUUCUAGCGUGCUGGCGGUUAUUUUGCUUUUCUUCUUUCCGGAGAGAUACUGCCGCAUUGACAUUGACAUCGAGCCACUAGAGGACGCGAUUCGGGUCUCCACUGUUGUUCCAGAAGAAGAAUAGGUAUUCAUAUACGAUAUCGGCAGGGAUUAUAGAUUGUCUGAAAACAUUUGUUUUAACACACUUAAGCCCUGGGCUUGAUCGGCAAUCAUGUGCAUUGCAUAUAACUUUCAGAAUCAAUGGUUCUACAGUUCAGGAUGAGUCCUUAACUGAGGAUUGAGAGCUUUUAACGUUAGGCCUCUGUACAGUUGUUAAGAUUGUUUGUUUUUUUGCUCGGAUAUUAGUAUCAAAGACAGCAGGAAGGAUCAUGAAAUUAACAAAUAACUUUGGAAACGAUUUCAAAGGGGGACUCUCUUUGGGCAUACUCAAACAGACCCCCCUGGAUUGACAAUUAUCUGCUGUUGGAACCCCUGAAUAUUGAAACGCGCUGUUAUGAACUGUUCUGACCAAUUUGCAGUGUGUUAUUGUUUUGUCAGUUUUAAAUGUAAUAUCAAACAAAAGACAUUUAAAGCGGGAAAUAUCUGCGAUCCUUGCAGUAUGUUAAAAUAGAAAUAAACUCAAACCAACAAAAAUGAA